AGCAGAGACGGCAGAGAACCUCGUCGCACAUCCAGAAAGAGCUCUGAGGUCAACACUCCCGCUCCCCUCUUGUCCUGACAAGGAGCCAAUCCCGUCUGCUCCUCCGUUGCUCCUCCUCCUUCGCCUCUGCCUCCGCCUCCUUCGUCACCUUGACCUCCGUCUUCCCCUUCGGCAGAGUUCGCGUGUCCUACCGUCAGCACAGUCAGUAUCGGCAGACGUCAAGAAAGGAUGCUGGGGCUAAACACAAAGGUCUUGGCUCUGUGCUCGAGCCUCCUGAUCAUCAAUGUUGCACUCGCUCAAGUAUGUUCCGAGGAGGACAACCUCCCUCUACAGAGGCUUCGCCUCGGCCUUGAAUGGUUCGUCAACCCGGACCACCUUCCUCUCAUCGUCGCACAGCGACAUGGCAUCUUCAGAGCCUUCGGCCUGGACGUCGAGCUGGUGGAGCCUGCCGAUCACUGGGAGGCUGAGGAGGAGAUACUCGCAGGAAGGCUGGACGUGGCGGUCACCGAGCCUCUGCACCUGGCGCAGGAUGCGGCCAAGGACAAACCCGUGCUCGGGUUCUCAAGGUUCCUGCAUACCGACGGCGGAGUGCUCUACGAUGCUGCCAACGGGAGCAUCAAACGGCCUGCGGACAUGUGUGGCAAGACUAUCUCGUACCCGGGCUCCCCGGGGCCCGGAGGGCCAGCCAUUGUCAACACAAUGGUGAGGGCGGACGGGAAGGCAGACUGCGACCUGAGCUCGUAUGGAAGGUACAACGGCGGGUUCUAUCACACGGAUGCCCUCCUGUCUGGCAAGGCCGACGUAGCAACGCUGGUGUUCUGGAACUUUGAGAUCCCCGAGGCGAAAGCCAAGGGCAUGAAGGAGGCGUCCUUCUUCUCCCUCAAGGAAUGGGGCGUCCCGGACUUCUGCCAGCUAGUCCUCAUGACGACGCCGAAACGCUUCGAGGAGAUGAAGCCUGUCCUGCGGAGACUUGUGCUGGCAAUGAGGCGCGCGACGGGGCUGAUCCACCAACAACCGGAUCUUGCUCGGCAGUAUUACCAUCUUCACGUUGACAGCGGCAAGGCAGACGCUACUCAGCAAACAAUCACCGAGGCGACAUUCAAUGCUACACUCCCUGCCUUUCCCAACGACAACAGCAUGGCGACUGAUUACUAUGAACGCCUAAUGCAUUGGUUGAUUGAGACGCAACAGGUUGAUGCUGAAGCUGGAUCGCAAGUGCCCGUCAGCAAGUACUGGACCAAUGAAGUUUCAUGGUAG